UGCCUUAGCAACUAACCCUAACAACUCGGGAAUUGUCGGGUGUUUGUGGAUCCCUGUUGGAGGACACUGGAAACCUGGUACUCACGUCGAGCAGGUUCCAGCCUUUUGGGUAAGAGAGCAGUCUCAUCCCAUGCCUGGGACUCUGGAACCGUAUCAUUCUGGUGAAAGUAAGGUGCAGCCUAGGACUAGAAGCCUUUCGCGGAGAGAAGACUUGCCCGUCCUAUAUGACAGAUUGCUGAAGCUAAAGGAAAUGUUUACCUCUAAGUUUGGAUCUCUUCCCAAGUUUUAUGUUCGAGCACCAGGAAGAGUCAACAUAAUAGGAGAGCAUAUAGAUUACUGUGGAUAUUCUGUUCUUCCUAUGGCUGUAGAACAAGAUAUAUUAAUAGCUGUGGAACCUGUGAAAACACACACUCUCCACUUGGCCAAUACAAAUCCCUUGUAUCUGGACUUCAGUACUAGUGCCAAUAACAUUCAGAUUGACAAAACCAAGCCUCUCUGGCACAACUAUUUCCUAUGUGGAUUUAAAGGAAUUCAGGAACACUUUGGUCUUAGUAAACUGACUGGAAUGAACUGCCUGGUAGAUGGAACUAUCCCACCAAGUUCUGGCCUCUCCAGCUCCAGUGCUUUGGUCUGCUGUGCUGGCUUGGUGACGCUCACAGUGCUAGGAAUGAACCUAUCCAAGGUGGAACUUGCAGAGAUCUGUGCCAAGAGCGAGCGUUAUAUUGGCACUGAAGGAGGAGGCAUGGACCAGUCCAUAUCAUUUCUUGCAGAAGAAGGAACUGCCAAAUUGAUAGAAUUUAAUCCUCUGAGGGCAACUGAUGUGAAACUCCCAAGUGGAGCAGCGUUUGUCAUUGCCAACAGUUGUGUGGAAAUGAAUAAGGCAGCGACUUCCCAUUUCAAUAUCAGGGUGAUGGAGUGUCGGCUGGCUGCAAAGCUCCUGGCUAAGUACAAAAAUUUGCAAUGGGAUAGAAUACUGCGACUGCAGGAGGUACAGACCAAACUAGGAGUUAGUCUGGAAGAAAUGCUGUUGGUCAUAGAGGAUGCCCUUCACUCUGAACCCUAUAGCCCUGAGGAGAUCUGCAGGUAUUUGGGAAUUAGCCUGGAGGAUCUCCGAACCCAAAUCCUGAGUCCAAACACUCAAGAUGUGCUCAUUUUCAAACUCUACCAGCGGGCAAAGCAUGUAUAUAGCGAGGCUGCUCGAGUCCUCCAAUUUAAGAAGAUAUGUGAAGAAGCACCUGAUAACAUGAUCCAGCUGCUGGGAGAGUUAAUGAACCAGAGUCACAUGAGUUGCCGGGACAUGUAUGAGUGCAGCUGCCCUGAGCUGGACCAGCUGGUGGACACCUGUCGGAAGUUUGGAGCUCAAGGGUCACGACUUACUGGAGCAGGAUGGGGAGGCUGCACAGUAUCAAUAGUACCGGCUGACAAGCUGCCCAGCUUCCUAGCAAACGUGCAUGAAGCUUAUUACCAGAGGAGUGAUGGAAGCUUAGCACCUAACAAGCAGAGUCUGUUUGCUACCAAACCUGGAGGCGGGGCUUUGGUUUUCCUUGAGGCCUAAACAAUGUAAAAAAUCUCAGAGAAACUAUUUUGGGCAUUUAGGAACUGGCAGGACUUCCUAUCCCACAGUAAAUUAAUCUUCUUUCUGUUUUGUAUUAUGAGAAUGAUUGCUUUUAUCAAGAUAUACUUCCAGAGAAACAGUCGAAAGCUCUCUAUGAUACUUCAUAAUGAUUAUUUUUCCAUCUCAAAAUAUGGGGUUUUUUUUAUUGUUGUUUUUUUUUCUACCAAUAAGAGCCAAGGUUAUGCUUGGAUAGAUCUUUUAAGAAUGAUUUAUUGAUUUAAAGAUGUUAAAGAUGUGUGGUAAAACACACUCUCAAUACUGAGUUCACAGGUUGGAUUUGAAUUAAACAAACUGCUACAAUUAAACUGAUACCACUGAGUUGUA